AUGAAGGCUUUGACAGCUGCAUUGACUGGAGACCGCAAAGCAUUGCCCUCUUGGUCGGGUGCCCCGGAAACAUUGCGCAGUUGGUUGAGACAGUUGUCGCUUUGGGAACUGGACAACAACACACCGAAAGAGCGUUGGGGGUUGAAACUCAUGCAAAGCUUUCCGGAACAAUCCAUUCCUCGGAGACUCUGCGAAACCAUAGAAAUUGGCAUUUUGUCAAGUCCUCAGGGGUACAGUGCAGUGUUGUCAGCAAUCCUCCAGAAGUAUGGGCCCUACAUUGAAGCAGCAGCUCCUGCAGCCAUCGAGAACUUCUUCUAUGCUGGAGAGCGUCAGAGAGGAGGCACUUUCUCCUCCUACAUUGCUGCAAAAGAAGUUGCCCUGCAAGAGUUGGAGAGCAAUUUAGGUGAGAAGCUGCCGUCGAAAGUUGCUGGACGGGUUCUGUUGAGACAUGCUGCAUUGACAGACGUGCAACGAGAAAGUACGGCGAUCAAGUACCAGGCCAUGUUGACUUUCGAGCAGGCGGCCUCGGCCCUGAGACCCCUAGAUCGUCCUGAAGCACUCAUCAGCAAAGUGGCAAAGAACUUUGUCACGGGAUCUUCAGGCCGAUAUGCAGAGCAGUCCGAGUGGCAUGAAGAUGAAGAGAAUGAGGAAGAAGAUGAAGAGCUUUUGCCUGAUGACCCAUGGGCAGAAGCUCAGGAGACCGAUGAGGCAGGUGCAAUGAACUUCCUGCUGUUCGAUCCUGAGCAAGAAUACACUGAAGAGGAGGCUACCUACAUUUGGGCCUAUAGCAGUGCGUACAAGGACAUCAGGAAAGAGCUGCAGUCGAGGAGAAAAGGCAGAAGUUUCUUCAAGCCAAAAGGCAAAGGUCACGGUGGGGUGGUCAGGAAAGGAAAGAACAAGGGAAAACGACCUUCUAAAGGUCGUGGAGGUCCCGGCAUUGGCCGAGGAUCAGCCCACCGUGGAACACCAGAAGAUCUUUUGGCAAAGACUCGCUGCUUCUCUUGCGGAGAGUUGGGAUACAUUUCAAAAGACUGUCCCAAUGAAAGGAGCAACACCUUCUUCGUGUGCAGAGGCACCGCAAGUGAUCAAGCGAGAACUUACAUGCAAUGCAGCAUUGGUCGAUCAGAUGGCUUGAGCAACAUUGGUCGGUCGGUUGGCUUGAGCAUUGAGCAACAGUUGGUUGGCUUGCGCAACCUUGGUCGAUCAGCUGGCUUGAGCAACAUUGGUCGAUCGGGUGACUUGCGCGUUGAUCCACAGUCGGUUGGCUUGAGCAACAUUGAACAACAGUCGGUUGGGUCGCAUGACAUUGAGCAGUUGUCGAUGGCACAUUGUGACAUUGGUCAACUACAGGGUGCAUUGAAGAUGCCUGAAGCAAGGGCCUUGCAGGUCUAUGCUGGCGUUGUCACUGAAGCUGGAGAAGCAGUUGUGGACACCGCAGCGGAAGAAGGUGUCAUCGGUUCCAAUGCAAUGAACAAGUUGAGAGCUGCGUUGUUACGCUUUGGCUUGCAACCAGUUCCAGCUGCUGGAACUACUGUUUGUGCUGGCAUUGGAGGCAACGCCAAAGUCGCUGGUGUUUUCGAUGUUCCACUGGGCAUUUGCAAGCGCAAUGUGCUGUUGAGGAUCACAGAGAUCCAAGAUGAGGCUCAGUUCACAACCCCUUUGUUGCUUCCAAUCUCAUUCAUUGAGUUGGUUGGUGGCAUAGUUGAUACCAAAAGAAACCUUUUUCUCAUGGCCAAUGGCCGCAAGACUCCCAUGAGGCGCACGCCUUCGGGACACCGGACGAUCUCAGUGUUGGAGUUCAAGGGGCGAUGGACUCUACCGCCCACGCUGUGCUCAGACCUUGGCAUUCAGGACUCCUCUCCUUUGCACUUGGAGCGCCAGUCCGGUGACAAAAAGAACCCAACGCAACAGCCCGGGGUGGCAGUUUGGUUGAAGCUGCAGGGAUCUUCGGCCAUGGUGUUCAUGGGAGCCCUUCCUCCUCGCAAGACUAUGGUUCACCCCUCCGAGGUUUUCAAUGACGACCAGGUUCACCGCAGCCCUGCAAGCAACCAAAUGCAGGCGGGGUCCUUGAACAGGGAAGAGUGCGAGAAAGGCCAAGACUUUGAGCGCCUGGCACCGAAUGGUACUGAAGAUCAUCACCUUGAUCAUCCAUCCACCAAGCAGUCGGCGAUGGACCACUUGCUGAACAAGAGCCAGGCCUAUCCGGCCAAAACCAAAGGUGCAGCCACUCCCAAGAAGGAGAGCAAGUCCAAACAGGUCGGAGAUGGCAAGGUGCGUCGAGGUAUCGGCCGGGAGCUGCCGCGCUCCCAGGCCAACAAGACAUGGGCACAGGAACCAACUACAUGUGCCCACGAAGAAGACAAGCUUCGAAUGCGCGCUGGGCGUGGCCAGCACUGGUGGACCUGUCUCGACUGUGGAGCGCGAUGGGAAAGGCUCGAGUGGGACAUGGACAAGGCGCUGAACACUGGAGCAGCUUCCUCCCAGGACGCUCCAACUCCCGUCGAGCAGGAGAUCGUCUCCUAUGCCAAGAACCCUCCAAAGACCUUGCCAGGACCACUUGACAUCGGCCAGAUGUUCCAGAUCAGCGACCGAGUGGAGACUCACGAAAUCUUCUCCUCCGGCGAGGACCUGUCUUCAGGAAGCAACUUCCAGGCAAGUGGACCUUCAUCCAAGUCGAUGAGCCCGUCCCAGAAGAGAUCGGCGGUGGCAGCCCUCACUGCAUGUGUCACAGUGCUGUGCUUCGUCCCAGGCUCAACCUGUCAACUUGACUGGAUUGGCCCUCGGCUGGAGGCUGAAGGCCCUGACGGGCAGAAGUCAGAAGAAUUCAAUUACCUUGUUGGCGCCAGCUGCAAAGAGCUGGGAAGGACUGAUUUUGAUGGAGAGCCCAAGACACUUGAGAAAGGUCAGCGACAAUGCUUGGUUGGUCAGCUCACCCACUUCAAUGAGGUGAUCGGGGAAGUCUAUAGUCCACCACGUUGCACCAAAGAAGCUCGCAAGCAGGGGUUCAAAGCCUCCAUUGCAAUGGACCUCACUACAGGAGGCCUUUUGAAAGAAAAACUGCGAUGCACCAUCCACGAGACCACUGCAUCUCGAGAAGAAGAGCUUCAGACAGUGCUAGCAGAAGUGGUCGCUGCUCGCAAUAGAUACAUGGAUAGGUUUGGUUUCAGCCCCAUCCAGAGAGUGUUUGGAAGAAACCUGAGACUGCCAUCCUCCUUGCUGUCCACCGACACCUUGAACCGGGACCUUGUUGAAGCUGCAGCCCCAGACGCCAUAAAGCGUUCAUGGGCCAUCAGAGACACCGCAGCCAGGGAGUGGUUGAGACGACAGGACCAGGAUUCAAUCCGAAGAAGUCUCAAGGCCCAGUCAAGAACGGCAGACCUCAAGCCAAUCCCAGCUGGCACGUGGAUCUAUGUCUACCGGGAUACCCCAUCAUACCGUGGUUGGGUGGGUCCGGGCGUCGUCAUCGCUGAGGAUUUCACAAACCGUUCAGCCUGGGUCUCCAUGAGAGGUCGUCUGUGGAAAGCAAGCAGAGAGCAGAUCAGGCCAGCAACGCCUGAAGAGGAAUUGGGCGCAGAGCUGAUCCUGGAACUCUCACAAGAAAUGCUCCAAAAGUUAAAGAAGCCAGGGCAAAUUGUCUACCAAGACAUCACCAAGGAAAACGGUCCGGCCGAAGACGACUUUGACGGAGAUGCGGUGCGACAGGUGUUGCGGGUUCGAGAAAACGAUCCUCCUGGUGAACAAUACCCGGCUGCACCUGCACCAGCGCCCGUCAGCCAGACCGAAAGCACACAUCAGCCAGAAGAUAUGGAGCUGGAUUCCGAAGAACCAUCCUCGGCACCAGCGACUUCGCUCAACCCCAGCCGGCGAGUGAGUGUCAUAGAACCUGCCGACGGAAGACCCCCAAUGGAAGGCAUUGUUGAAGAAGAAAACCCUCCUGAAGAAUCAUCGCCAAUGGCAACCGCCAGUGAGCCACUUCGAAGAACCGUUCGGGUGGAUGAGAAUGUAGAUGUGUCCCUGACUUUUGGUCCCAUCCGACGAUCAAGCGGUCGCUUGAAUGAAGCGCCAGAGACUCCGCCUGUCGGAGCGCCAAUGCCGUUCGACCGUGAGCAAAGAAAGCCUGUCCUUCUUCCACGAGCCCUGUCCGAUGGUAAAACCUUCCACGGGGCAUAUGCCGAAGCCUCCUCCUUCUGCUACCGAGACAAGUGUCACUAUGUGGCCAAGUCAAAGGCUUCCUUUGGUCAAGUGCAGUUCAGCAAGUUGGAUGAAAAAGAAAAGGAAGUUUUUCGAAAAGCUAGGAAGAAGGAGCUAGAUAGUUUGAUUUCCAAUGGCGCCGUCCGAGUGCUUUCCUUGUCUGAGAGCCGAGCCUUCGAACGGGACUUUCCUGACCAAGUCAUUGAGUCCAAGUUUGUUGAUCGGUACAAACCCAAAGACAUUGGAGCAGGCACCAUUGAAGAAUACAAACGCCGAGCAAUUCAAGAAGGGCACAUGGGUGUUUGCGAGCUUGAGCAGGAUCAGCAGAGUCCAAAAUCCAGACUUUGUGUGUUGUUGGUUGGAUGGACCCUCAGAUUCAUGAAGUUGAAAGGUCCAGCCCAACGCCCCUCAGCACAAGCCUCCAUUGUUGUCUCCAGCUGGCGGCAACCAGGCGACGGGCAACUCGAGUGA